AUGGGCGACCCACUUUCUCUCACCGGAACGGCGGUGGGCAUCGUUUCACUGGGCCUGUCUGUCUGUCAAGGUCUUGUCUCUUACUAUAGUGCCUUGCGCUCCUACUCCCAAGACACCAAAAAUGUGAUCAACAAGCUUGAAGGCCUAAAGGAUGUCCUUGCGGGACUUGAAGCCCUAUUACAAAGGCUUGGCCCACUUCAGACUGAAACGGCUGCAAUAAAGACAGCCGAGCGGCAUAUUCUAGCCUGUAGAGGCGGUCUAAGUCAACUGAAAGAAAUCAUGGACAAGUGUGAAGAGACCUCAAGUGGAUUACAGCGGGGUUACAGCAGAGCACUGUACCCUUUUCGGCGCGACACGAUCGGGUCGGUUCUCAAGCACGUGGAGAGUCUGCAAUCAAACCUGGAUACAUCAAUGCAUAUACUGAGUCUGCAAGUUUCACCUUCCUAUUGA